AUGUGGUGCCCACCGGAGAAGGAGGGCCACAUGACGGUUCAAUUCCUUCAUCCGAUUUCCAUUCUCUCCUCCAUGCAUGCGGUCGUCUUUGGUGGAAACAGCGUAACAACGGCUGGGCAAGACUUGCAGACCGAGGCAGGUAGGAGGAGGCAAAGGGCCUUUUCUACGUUAUUCUUUUACAUAUUCACUGGCUCUUUCCCUGUGAACCAAGCCCAACUGCAUCCCAUUCAUCCGCGUGUUCUGCCCGUGUUUUUCCAUUGGCAACACCCCUCCUACCGCCCAAUCGGCGCUUCCCCGCAUCGCCACCUGAUCACUUUUCCAAUCUACGGCGAACGACUGCGAGAGUGCUGCCGUCCCUUCCAUAGCUCUGGGGUUGUCGUCAAUCCAUCAUUGUAUGGACAUGCAGCAAAGCCUUGUGGUAUCUUGUUCUAUCCUACCUUGCCUUACCCCAUUCGAUCGAGUCUCGCCAACCUCUCUGCCUAUCGACGGAUUGUCAUUGGCGAACCAGAGCUCGCUGGGCUAGCUAUCUCAAGCUCGGCUCCACCUCUUAACCUCAGCUCGACUUCCUCCUCAAACCUAUUUCUCGGCGGCUGUUUUCUUUAA